GUGCGCGCACGCUUUGCCAGUCAAAGCAGGCGGCCGACACGCCCCUUACGUCCUCCCGCAUCCAGUCGCUAAACGCUGGGAGUGCCCAAAUAUAACGCCGCAUCCUCAUCUACCACUUUCUAACCGAGACCGGACUACCGGAGCGACUCCUCCCGACGACAGAGCCCUUCACCGGCCGUCCAGCUUCGUCUUCGCCCGCUAUCGGCUCCUGUACCCAGGCGCACUUUCCGUUCUGGUAGCCCUAAUCAAUAUCGACGAUGGACGACUUGGACGUUCCCCAAAUGCGGAGGGAAGUGGAAUCGCUUCAGUACCAGCUGGCUAUCAACAGGGAGAAGUCCUCCAUCACAGUUACUGAGCUUGUGAAGUGGAUCGAGAGCUGCGUAUGCGAGGAUCCUUUCCUGAACCCUGAGCUGAUGCGAGCCAAUCCCUGGGUGGAGAAGGGCAAGUGUGUGAUCCUCUGAUGAUCACACUCCCAUUCCAACAUACUGUAACUCCACAGUUAUUGCACGGAUGCACCAACAACAAUGUGCACUCAGUUACGCUGCACUAGAACCACACAGGCACACACACAUGCGCGCUACUGCUAUGACUAUUUAUUUAUUUGAACACUUUGAACGCUCUUAUUUUAAGACUGCAGUGUGUGUGUAUGUAUGUGAACAGCACCGAGUAGCUUUUUAGAUGUUUGUUUACACUGUCAAUCAAAAAUAAAGACUGUUUAGAA